AUAAUUCUUAAAUAUGUUGUGUUUUUAUCUUAAAUAAUAUUUUUUAUCAUAAAAUAUAAAGUUUGAUGUUUGAUUUAUCUUUUAAAAAAUAUAAUUAAUAAUUUAUUAUAUUAGUUUUGAUUUCAUAUUUAUAAAUAUCUAUAAAAACACUAUGUCUGUAUGCGGACACAACACCUAGUUUAGAAUUAAAAACAAAAUGUUUAUACAAACACCGGCGGAUCCAGAUCUGGUUUAUAUUAAUAUUAAAUUUAGUUGUACACAUUAUUUUGAAUUCUGCGUGGGUAGACGAUUGAUAUUGUUGACUUGGAGUCAUCGUCGACAUAGUUGUCAUGUUUGACAUUAUUGUAGGAGCCAGCCGUUGUGGUUGAAAAUCAUUGCAAUGGGAAGUUGUUUAUCGGUCUCCAUGCCAUGUGAUCAAGUUGUGAAUCAAGUCUCUCAAUGUUUAUCCGACAAAGGAAGUUACAUCUACGACCUUUCCAUGAAUCUAGCGGCUCUGGAGAAAGACAUGGAAGUCCUCAAGGCAAAGCGUGAUGAUGUGCAAGGAAGGGUGAACAGAGAAGAGUUUACAGGAUGUCGUCAAAGACUUGCUGAAGUCCAGGUAUGGCUUAAGAAUGUCCUCGACAUAGAAGAUGAAUUUAAAGAUCUACUUAGUACUAGUACCGUUGAACUCCAAAGGUUGUGUUGCUGUGGAUUAUGCUCCAAAAAUGUGGAAAUGAGCUACAGUUAUGGCAAAAGAGUAAUCCGGAUGUUGAAAAUUGUUAAGAGUACCAGUUCUGAAGGAAAAUUUGAUGUGGUGACUGAGAAAGUUCAAGUAACUGAGGUUGAAGAGAUGCCUAUUCAACCCACAAUUGUUGGUCAUGAGGCAUUGCUUGAGAGGGUAUGGAACCGUCUCAUGGACGAUGGAGUUGGGGUUUUGGGUUUACAUGGUAUGGGUGGAGUUGGCAAAACCACUCUUCUUGCGCAGAUCAACAAUAAGUUUACUAAAGCAAGGGGCAGCUUUCAUGUUGUUAUAUGGGUUGUGGUGUCAAAGAAUUUAGACAUUCAUAACGUUCAAGAAGACAUAGCAAAAAAACUAGGACUUUGGAAUGAGGAGUGGGAUAAGAAGAAUGUGAACCGUAGAGCCCUUGACAUACACAACGUCCUCAAGAGACGGAAGUUUGUGUUGUUCUUGGAUGAUAUAUGGGCGAAAGUGAAUUUGCCUACGAUUGGAGUCCCUUAUCCGGAUGUGGUAAAUGGAUGCAAAGUAGCUUUUGUUAAUCUUUUACCAACCGCUUGUGUUACACAAUGAUCACAGUGUGUUACACACGAGUUCGAGAGAAAGAAUAAGAUAGACGUUUCAGGCUUAUAAACUUUUCUGAAAAUACUUUUGUAUUAUUGAGAUUCGGUAAUAAUGUUUACAACA